GCUUUUUGGUCUUUGACGGUCGCGAACUCUUCGCCACUGCUCCAGUCACCUCUGGUAUCAGGUUGGAAUUCCUUUGGUGUUCUUUAACUGCCUCACUACUGUCACCCUCACUACCUCCUCAAGAAACCCUUUUUCUCUGCCAGUCCAGCAGACGCCGGAUUCAUCCGUUUGACUCAUCCGCAUACCCACUAAUCGUACCCCGCCUCCAGACGUUCCUCUCACACUCUCUUUUUCUCUGUCACUUGUCGCAAGUGUGAGAGAUCUUCAGAGAUCGCAGAAAUCAAUUGCUUUUAGAUCUUCAUUUACACACAAUCAACCCAAUCACAAUGGGCGUUACAAUUGUCCUUGGUAGCCAGUGGGGUGAUGAAGGAAAGGGGAAGAUUACGGACAUGCUUGCGCAGGAAGCUACGCUUUGCUGUCGUGCCGCUGGCGGCCACAACGCGGGUCACACUAUCGUUCACGGCUCUACGACUUAUGAUUUUCACAUUCUUCCUUCUGGGCUUGUCUCCCCUUCUUGCGUCAACCUCAUUGGCGCCGGAACUGUUGUGCACAUCCCCAGCUUCUUCAAGGAGUUGGCGGCCAUCGAGACCAAGGGUCUGACGACCGCUGGAAAGCGCAUCUUCAUCUCGGAUCGCGCGCACGUCUGCUUCGAUCUGCACUCCGUCGUGGACGGUCUGGAAGAGGCCAAGCUCGGUGGUCGCAAGGUCGGCACCACUGGUAAGGGUAUUGGUCCUUGCUACAGUGACAAGGCUGCUCGUCGUGGUGUUCGCGUCGGCGAAAUCUUGGACGAGCUUCUGUUCGAGCGCAAGUUGCGCUCUCUGCAUGCCGGAUACACUGCCCGCUUUGGCGAGUUGGAUUACAGCGUCGAGGACGAGCUGGCGCGUUUCAGGGAUUACCGUCAGCGCCUGGGUCCCUACAUUGUCGACCAGUUGGCCUUCCUGCAGAAGUACAAGGAUGCCCCCAACACUUUGGUUGAGGGUGCCAACGCCCUGAUGCUUGACUUGGAUCACGGAACCUACCCCUUCGUAACCUCGUCUUCCACGGGUCUCGGUGGUGCCGUUCAGGCUCUGUCCCUGAACCCCACCAGCAUCACCUCCAUCAUCGGUGUCGUCAAGGCGUAUACCACUCGUGUCGGCUCGGGCCCCUUCCCCAGUGAGCAGCUGAACGAGUUCGGUGACAAGCUGCAGGGUAUUGGCAAGGAGUUUGGCGUCACCACUGGUCGUCGUCGUCGCUGUGGUUGGUUCGACAUGGUUCUUUGCCGCUACUCCCAGGCUAUCAACCACUACACUGCCCUAAACCUGACCAAGCUGGAUGUUUUGGACGACUUUGACGAGAUCAAGGUCGGCGUCGCCUACAUCCUUCCGGACGGCACCCGCACUGAGAACACCAUGCCUGCCGACCCAGAGGUCUUGGAGAAGGUCAAGGUUGAGUAUGUCACUCUUCCCGGAUGGAAGACCAAGACCAUGGGCAUCAAGAAGUAUGAGGAUCUCCCGCCUAACGCCCGUGCCUACAUUGAGUACAUCGAGCGCGGUCUCGGUGGAGUCCCGGUCAAGUGGAUCGGUACUGGCCCCGCUCGUGACGACAUGAUUGCUCGCGAGUAAGCCCGCGGCAUAGUCGUUGAGCCAGGUUGGUUGUUUCAUUCUCAUCUUCUCAUAUAAUAUCCUCAAGCACCCAGUACAUUUAUUAUCUUGUGCCAUGUAUGUUCCUAUUCCGGAUGAUUUGUACUAUUGUCUAUUAAGUUAAGACGGUAGACGGCUGGGUCGCAGAUAAAUAGAAGCACAAAUCUUAUUUCAUAG